GGUGCCAUUACGUAGGGAGGCGUGUGUGACAUUUGCUGCAUGAAGCUAGUUUACCAUGAGCUAACCGGAUAAAGAUGAACAACUAGGAAAGGAAAUAGAAAACAUUUUGUCUUUUAAUAACUUAGCUGCCGUUUGGGUUAGACUUUGCUGUCACAUCCACACCAGAGCAGACAGUUUAUGUCAAACGUAGCGUUAGUUAAAACUUCCUCUCUGGUCAAACACGUUAAAUAGUAGGCUAAAGCUGUCUCUUAACUUAUAUAGUAAAUGCACGGAGUUCGGAUUGAGGUCGUUUUCCGGUUUGCCGCUCUGAGAUGAUGAUACUAAUCGGAUAGCAGCGGUUAAUUUCGUUUUUUUGUAUCGCAGUAUGGGUGGACGUUAGCGCUUAAGCCGACUUGGCUAACUGCGUUUUUGCACACAAGGUUAAAAUUAGCUUUAGCCAGCUAGCUCCUCACUCCCCCCCUGCUGCAGCUUUCUCACUUUCUUAUGCUGACUUGUCAGGACAGGUGUGCUGAAAGUAGGCCAGGUGUGGCCUGGGAUAGAUAGUCCGUAAUUUAACCGCAGUGCUCACAGAGUGUGGUACCAAGUCCAACAGUCUACUUCAGGGAUUUUUUUUGUAGUGGAGCCAGAGGUGGGAUCAUGCUGCUCUCCUUGGUUGUGCACACAUACUCGCUGCGGUACUGGUUUCCAGCCACGAUCAUGCUGGGGACAGCUCCAGCUUAUCUGCUGUCAUGGGGGGCUUGGCGUUUACUAUCAACUGUCUUACCAGCGAGAGUGUAUCACAAGUUGGACGACCGGUUGUACUCCAUCUACCAGACUAUGGUCCUCUUCUUCUUUGAGAACUACACAGGAGUAGAGAUUGUUAUAUAUGGAGAUAUACCAAAGAACAAAGAGAACGUGAUCUACCUGUCUAAUCAUCAAUGUACAGCCGACUGGAUCAUUGCUGACAUGCUCGCCAUCAGACAGAGUGCUAUUGGUCAUGUCAGAUAUGUCCUUAAAGAUGGACUUAAAUGGCUCCCACUUUAUGGAUGGUAUUUCUCUCAGCAUGGAGGAAUCUACGUGAAACGAAGUGCAAAGUUUAACGAAGGGGCGAUGAAGAAGAAGCUCCUCUCUCAGACUCAGUCUGGAGCACCAAUGUACCUUGUCAUCUUCCCAGAAGGAACUCGGUAUAACCCAGAGCUCAAGAACGUAAUCGCUGACAGUCAGGCUUUUGCUACAAAAGAAGGUUUGGCUGUUCUGAGGCACACGCUUACACCCAGGAUGAAAGCAUCUCACAUAGCCAUUGAGACAAUGAAGAGCCACCUGGACGCCGUGUAUGACAUCACAGUGGCCUACGAGGGAACGCUGGAUGCCUCCGGUCAAAGAAGACCUGCACCGUCGAUGCCAGAAUUCCUGUGCAAAGAAUGUCCCAGAGUCCACAUACACUUCGACCGUGUGGACAUAAAGGAAAUUCCUCCAGAGCCAGUGUUUUUCCGCAGGUGGCUGCACGAGCGGUUCGAAAUCAAGGACCGGCUGCUGACGGAUUUCUACGAGUCUGAGGACGCAGACAAAAUUUGCAGGUUCCCCGGGGAAGGCAAACCAUCUCCGCUGAACCUCUCCAAGACCAUCCCAUCAGUGAUGAUCUUGGGGGGGCUGACACUGCCAUUACUGCUGACGGAGAACGGCAGGAAACUGUACGUGAGAACCUGGGUGUACGGGACACUGCUGGGCUGGCUGUGGGUGAACAUUUUUCCUUAACGAACGGGGCACAGGCUGCCAUGAUGAGAUGCACAGAAGACAUGGAAAGACGGUGCCAUUUUCCUGUAUCACACCAACACAAGGUGUGUUCCAGAUGCAGAGCAGAAUCUGAUAAGAAGCUCAGAGAUUUAUCCCAUGUCUGGCUCUCUGUUGACCUUGACCUGAAAGCUGAAUGGAAAUACAGAGAAAUGUGAGAAAUGAAAGCUUUUUGUGCUACUUGUUGCCCCUCGCGUUAUUUGGAUUUGCAGCCUGAAAUGAUGAGAAAACAUGAGUGGAUUUGUUGAAAAGUAUUAGGUUUCUCAAAAAUCCCUCUUGAUCUCCACUAUGAAAUAACAACUGCUACAUACUUCUCUAAAAAUAUUCCCCCCCUUCAUCAGAUAUAGCCAAAUUAGUAUUCUUGCAUGCUCACUUUUCCAUCAAACAUUGGCCAGUUUUAAAGCACUUAUAUGACAUUUAUUUUUGACAACAAAGUGUGCUGAGUAAUCUCAAAACACAUUUAAUGAUGAUGAUCAGCUACGGUAUGUAACUGACACAGUGCACUAACCUAUUGAUCGUGGAUCAUUUAUUAUAAAGUGCACUGACUCAUUGACAUUUGUUUUAAUGUCAGUUUUUUAUGCCAAGUCCCAUGUCAAGAGGACUAUGCACUUUGUUCAUUUAAAGUUAUGUUUUUACAUUAGUAGAACAAAGUAAAUGGCAUGCAGUCCUCUAUAGGAGCUCAUAAACAUGACACCAGCUGCACUGUUUACCAGAAAUAUUCAUACCGACAUCACUUUGUUUUAUAUUGAUAAUGAAUGUAGCCAUAAAAAAAUAUGUUCAUUUAUAUAUCCAUGAAAGAGGUUUUUUUCUCCAACACCCAUUAAUAUCUGUAAAAAAUACAAUCUAUUGUACAUUUUGAGCAAAGUCGUUGUCACUGAAAACUGGCAGAUGCCUCAGUGAGCUCAUAUAGAGGAAUUCCUGUUAAAAAUGAUAAUGUUCUACCAUUGUAAAAUAUUACUUGAACCUUAAAAUGUCAGUUAUUGCCAAAACCUGGUGUAUUUGCCAUGAUGUUCUGCAGGUGGUUUAAGUUGAGCAAUACUUGUUUUAAUGCCAGCCAUGAUGACAGCAAAGAAACAAUGUUUUUUUUCUUUUUGGCCUAAUUACAUGAUAAUUGCAUUUUUUAAAUAAUAGUUUAUUCACUGUUCCAUAACUUUUAUAUGCAUUUGUUACUUUGAAUACCAUGUUACAGCUCACUUGAAAGUAUCUACCUAGCAAAAAGCUGACAAAGCCAUGUUAACAGUAUAUCACAGGUUCCUGUGCACUCAAAGCCAUUUGUAUUAUAAACAUCACUGUAUUGUGAAAUGCACUGUGUCCAUCGUCGUCGUUUACUGUAAUGAAACCAUUGCAUUUUCCACAAGUCACUUUACAUAUUUGCCGUCUCGUCCUCCUCUACUGUUAGUCUGCACUGUGUUUUCCUCAUGUGGAUAGUCCAGUCAAUCCCAUUGUUUUUACAUGUCGCUCCAAUACCUCACUUGAAUAAUCCUUCCUUGUUCUUAAAUGACCCUUGUCAGCCAUUUUAUAGUCAUUUUUAUCCUGACAAGAUCAGACUGUAACUCAUCAGGAAACUAUGUAGACAGUAUUUCAAUGCCAACUGUUUUUGGAAAUGUGUGCCUUCUCUUUGGAGGAGUUGGUCCUCAUCCCUCCCACAGAGGGCCACAGUGGCUCUUUAUCCAGCGGGUGACUGCAUGAAGGCACUCAGCUGGAGCUGCUGCUCACUGCAGCUUGUGGUCACAUUGUCUACAGUUCAUAGUGGCUUAUUUUGCUCUAAGAAUGCAUUGAUUUACACUUUUUGAGGACUAUUAAACGACGAAACCUUUAAUGUGUGUAAGUUCUGGAAAUGGGGGAUCAGAGUGAAAUAAAGUGGUUUUCUUUUGGGGAGA